GGGGCGCGGCGUGGCCAGCGCGGCGGGGGCCGGGCUGCCAGAGAGCGUCAUUUGGGCCGUCAACGCGGGCGGCGAGGCGCAUGUGGACGUGCACGGGAUCCACUUUCGCAAGGACCCUUUGGAAGGCCGGGUGGGCAGAGCUUCAGACUAUGGCAUGAAACUGCCCAUCCUGCGUUCCAACCCUGAGGACCAGAUCCUGUAUCAGACAGAGCGGUACAAUGAGGAGACCUUUGGCUAUGAAGUGCCCAUCAAGGAGGAGGGGGACUAUGUGUUGGUGUUGAAAUUUGCUGAGGUCUACUUUGCACAGUCCCAGCAGAAGGUAUUUGAUGUACGACUGAAUGGCCACGUCGUGGUGAAGGACUUGGAUAUCUUUGAUCGUGUUGGGCACAGCACAGCUCACGACGAAAUCAUCCCUAUGAGCAUCAGAAAGGGGAAGCUGAGUGUCCAGGGGGAGGUGUCCACCUUCACAGGGAAACUCUACAUUGAGUUUGUCAAGGGGUACUAUGACAAUCCCAAAGUCUGUGCUCUCUACAUCAUGGCUGGGACAGUGGAUGAUGUACCAAAGCUACAGCCUCAUCCAGGAUUGGAGAAGAAAGAAGAGGAAGAAGAAGAAGAAGAAUAUGAUGAAGGGUCUAAUCUCAGAAGACAGACCAAUAAGAACCGGGUGCAGUCGGGCCCCCGCACACCCAACCCCUAUGCCUCGGACAACAGCAGCCUCAUGUUUCCCAUCCUGGUGGCCUUCGGAGUCUUCAUUCCAACCCUCUUCUGCCUCUGCCGGUUGUGAGAACAAACGACUGUUCUGAACAGGGUGGAAGGGUGUGGGAAGGAGACCAAACCUGCUGGUUUUAGUUUCCGUAUUUUUCACAAUGAUUAACAAAAACAAAACGAAACAAAACACAUGAAAAUUAAAGGAGAUAAAAAGGCAGAGUGAGUAGAGAGCAGCCCUCAUCGGCCACCUGGUCCCAGACCUGCUUCAGUCCUAUUCUUGUCUGCGUGGCUGGCCCCCAGCCGUUUCUUUCCUCUCUAAGGUACUUAGCAUAAGCUGGGUCCUUCCUGUUCAAGGAUCCUCAGUUGUAUACCUAGUGGAAAGGACUCCGAGCUCAGAGCAAUCACGGUUCCUUUUUUUAGGUUCGCAGUUAACAGCAGGGAAAUGGCAUCUUAAAACCUGUAAAGACCAUUGCUGGGAGUUGGGUGUGUUCUGAAGUUCUGUCCAGAUAGUUUUCAGAGGCCCUUGCAUUGAGAGGAUAUGUAUGAGAAGUUGUAUAAUUUGUAUGGUAAAGACAAAAGGAAAAAAGGGAGGACUUUUAAAGAAGAGAAAAUGCUUCCUUACUUGGAAGCCUUUCUGGAUUAAUUCAGUGAUGGUUCCACCUUCGACGUUUGAACUUUGCUGUCUCACAUCUCCCUGACACGUGCCAGUUAGAGGACUGUCUGGUAUCCAAGAUGACGUCAGGUCCUCAAAUGGCCUCUGACUUGUUACCACAGAAGAUCGUUUUUAUUUCCGUGCCUGUUGAGGACUAGAUUUCCUAUCACUUUUUUUUUUUUUCUUUUGUUUUCCUUUAUCUGGCUCCUUUGAAAUCUCUUCUUCCUCUCAGCCAUCCCACUGAGUCAUUGCCAAGAAGGGAAGGAGACAUGAGAAUUCCGGGUUCUCCACUUGAAUGUUUUACCCUCACCAUCUCACCUUGUUGGUACCUCUCUCCUAGAUCUCUGAGCCAGCAGCCAGGAGGGCCUGACCCAGCAGUUCUUUACUGGCCCCUGUGUAGGGUCUUGCUGCCAGGGGGCAGGGAAGCUUUCCAGCCUGCAGCAACAGAACACUUGACCUUAAAAGUCUCUUCUGGUCUUUGGAUUAGAGAGAAGGCUUAUGUUAGCAUAAUUUAAGAGCAACCUCAGAGACUUGAGCCCUACUAAGUGACUGCCCACUGCGUGUCUAGGAACCGAUGUCCCUUUAUUAUUGUGUCCUUCAGUGUCACAGUUCAGCUAGUUUGGGAUUAUGCCUAGAGCUGUCCUAAGGAACUAGACUGAUUGGCUAUGUCUGCCCAGUGACACUUCUCGUUGAUUGUAAUGGUAGCCACCUCUCCCCCAUCUCUUCAUUUCCCUAUCCAAGUAGCACACAGGCUCGUGGUAUGUCGGAGCUGCCGGAUUGCCAGUCAGCCACAAGCCCGGCAGCUCUGAAGCUAAACCUUAGCAUCUUAGUGUCUGUCUCUAAUUCCCUAGAAAAUCUUCUGAAGGGAAUGAAACUUUCCUGUUCCCUUUCCUUGUGGUCACUGUCAUCUGUUUCCCAGUUAGGGCAACAAUGAGGGAGGACCCAGCUAAGCUAAAAGGAAUUUUGUGAAUGGGAGGCAACAAAAUUAGCUUCAGCUUGGGCUAGAGCGGUAUGGAAUCUCAGGCCAGACCCAUCUUUCUAGAAUGUGUUUUAAUUUUGAGUUUGCCUUAUUAGAUGCAUUUUUUUUUUUUUUUUCAAGAGCUCUUUAGAUUUGAGCUGCCCUUUAUGUGACAGAGUAGCUCUUGGGCUCCCGUCCUGGGUUUUGGCUGUUAAUGAUUACUCCAGGCCAGCAUUCAGUCAUUUGAGAAUUGUAGCCCUUUAUUUUCAUUGUAACUUGGGCCUCAGUCCUGGGGUUUUGAGUCAGGCAGCUGGAUGGCUGUGGCCUGAGGCUAUGAUGAGCGGAAUUCUUCCUGCAGUGCUUGGCAAAGCUCCCUUGCUUCUAAAGGAUGAGGUACUGUAGCUUUGGUCUUGGGGACCACUGGCAUGGAGCAGUGGCCACCCUAAUUGUGCUUCUGACAGGGGCUUCAGUUCCUGCUGUGUCACAGCUCUCCAAAGCAGUGGGCCACUGCCAGUGGAUUAGACCAGAUGAAGGAGGAAGACUUGCUGCCUCCAUUCUGCCUUGUUUGUGAGUUUGCCUGGGUCUGUCUGAGGAAGGAGGGGUCCUGCCUCUAUUUUAACCCGUCCCUUCAGUGACUCAGAGUCUCAGAAGGAAACCCUGCCUCCUGGGGCCAUUUCCUAAUGGUACUGUAAGCCAAGCAGCUUUGCUUCUGCCUCUGUUUCCAAGCCCACCCCUUCCCCUGCGCUCAGGGAGAGGCAUGGGCACUUUCCUCUCUGGUUGUGUCCAAAGGGAAGGAACAUCUUUCUAUGGCGAACAAAAACUAAAGGGGAAGGAGGAAACAGGACGAAGUGUGGCGGGGGCGGGCUGGAGCCAAGCCCACCCAGCUAACAAGAGCUGCCUAGGGCCAGCUAUAGCUGGCUCCUGAUGCUGAACUUGAAAGCUUUUUUUUCUUUCUUUUACUUUGGCUCUUCCAAGGUGAUAUAGGUACAUGAAGUUUAGGUUAAGGGGGUGGGAUGGGGCACUCUAUUUUUAUUUUUGUAUUGUGUGUGUCAAAAAUUACUCUGUUCUUCAUCUUUUGCUUUUUGCACUGUUUAUUCCCCUAUCUGUAUUUCAAGCUAGUGCUAGGAGGGACUGUGCUGCGGGGAGGAGAGGAUGGAGGGAGGAGAGGCCUGGGCUCUUCUACUGGAUCUACACUCUGUCCCAGGUUUCCAGAUCCCUCUGAUCCCGGCUGGCCAAAGAUGAGCAGACAGCCAGGGUGAAGCUCCUUUGCCAGAGUAUGGGUUCAGGUUGGUUUCUGGGAGGACCAUGUGAAAGUCUGCUGGAGAUGGGCUGAGAGUCCAUCGUCAAGCUCUCACCUGGGUUGGGGGCCAGCCAGUCUCUGAUCAGACUGUUCAGGGUCUCAUUCAUGUCAACUGAAGCCACCUGUGAAGAAACUAGCUGCGGGGUCCCUAUCCCUUGAACUAGAUCCAUUUUUCUGCAAAAUCUUCACUGUUGAGAAGCUACUCAGUGGAUUUCCUGAGUUGUGAUUUAAAAGAUAGGUACCCUCAAGUGUCAAUGAUGUGAGACUCUCUGGAGGACUAGCUCCCACCUGCAGGGCCACCUGAUGGGUCAAGAGUGAUCACGUUCUCUUGCUUCCACUGCCUAAGAGAUCCAGGGAUCCUAUUAGAGAUCACAGGUUUUGAUGAGAUGGAGUGAAGUUUGAGUGACGUUUCCCUCUCUGUUUCUGUGCCUGGGAACUGUUUGGUCCAGUUUAAGAAUUGUGACUUGACUUCUUUAUCUUUCUGGAGAAGCUUCUGUUUUAAGGAAUUUCUCUUCCUUCUUUUCCUGCCUCCAGCCUCUCCUGGGAAGGUCUGGUCAUGGCUUUUAGAAUCUUGGUCGAGAACUUCAGAGAAGAGCAGCAGUAUUUUCCUUUCCUAGCACUUACACCCCUUUCCCUAGAAACCGGCUCACCUUGGGAAGCCCAAGGAAAGACUAAGCGGGUUCUUUCCCCUCCCAGGGGGUUGGGGAAGGACUCACCCCGGUCAGCACAGUGCCUUUUCCUCUCCUGCUCUGAGCCAGGGUGGGUGUUCCCUCUAGAUUCAGGUCUACGCAGGGGUCCUGCAGUCCCUGCAGGGGGCUGCUUUCCCCAUCCCUCCCUUCUUCCCUCUCCUUUUUGCUGGCCUACUCUGACAUAAUUCAAGUGUCUUCUCGCCUUGAGGAGCCUUAAUGGCAUCAAGUGGCAACAUAUAAUAUCCUCUCCAAAAGGACUUAGGAGGGCAGGUGAGCUUUCCAAAGUAAGAGAGUAAGAGAUGCUCCUGUUUUAAGAAAAGGGAGGGCAGUGGGGAGGUAUGCCUUGGGCGCCCUGAGGAGGGUGUCUGGGGCCCUCAGACACCAUGCUAAGUGAUGGUGCACUGCAGCAGAACCAGAAAUACCCAGAAUCUGGUCAGAAAUCUGCUCUUCUUCUAUGGAAAGAUACAAUUAGGGAUCAGAGAGCUCUAAGAAAAUGACAAAGAAGCCUUAUUGUUCAAGCUUCAGAGAGGACAAAGCAGUUUUUCCCUUUCAGUCCAAGCUAGGACUCUCCGUGUUUAGGCCUCUCCUGGGAUAAGAGGGCUAGAUUUCCUCAUUUUGUUGUAAGGCUGGAUUGGCACUGGUCGGUCAGGUGCCCAGUUAGGGUGGGUUUCUUUUUUGCACACAUAUGGCUCGCUGCCAGUUGGGUUUGUCCUUCCCCAGUGGCCUGCUUUGGGUGGCCACAUCAUCUUGAUAAGAGCAGAUGAUUUGGGGACCGGCUGGGUUGGGGGGUAAAGAGCAGGAUUGAUCUCAUGGGACAUUCCCCCCUCCCCCCAGUAUUAAAAACAAGGAGCUGAGAUUGUGCUGGCAGCCAGGGAAACAGUAGUGCCUGUUCGAGUUGGCAGAGAGGGCCUUGGCACCUCUCACAUCCAGGCAGUUUGGUGAGAUGGGGGCACACAGCACUGGGGAAAAGCAGAACUCCUUUCUCACCUCUAUUUUGAGCUUCGUGCUUUAUUUCAGUGUGAGGAAAAACAACAACAAACGGAAGUGUGCUUUCCAUCCUCCGAAAGGACAACUGUAGAGAAAGGAGAGCUGAGUUGCCAGGUUGGGAGGGAGAAUUGGCAGGGAGAGACAUGGCAAAACUAGGAAAGAGAUGUUCUCGAUUCCUCUUUAUUCUAGUAUGGCAGGAUCCAGGGAAUGAAAAGAAAUUUGACCCUGGAUCAGUUCCCUCCUCAGAUUGAAAAAAAAGCUCUCUUUUCCUUCCAUGAAGUUUUCCCAGGCUAGGACCAGCUGCCCAUCAUGAGCUCAGGGCAGCCUCUUCAACUCUUACCGGCCUAACCUGGCCUAUCAGGAAACCAACCCUCCCCUUCACACUGGACCUGGCUGUCUGUUCUGUACCAAGUACCAGAGUAAAGUGUCAGGUUUUCAGUAGCCCUUAUAGCUCCUCAAGUUUCCCAUCCUCUCCCUGCAUAGGCCAAACCGACUCUUGGCAGCCACGAUGCGCAUUUACUGUGGCACGUGAGGUGUGAUUGAGGGGCUUUGAACCUGGCUGGCCGGGGAAGCCAGAGGGGUGGAUAGAGCUGUCUUUCCUCUGGGCUGUCUCCAUCUGUCCCUAUCCUAUCCAUACCCCACCCCACUCCCACCAAAAAGUAAAAAAAUCAGGAUGUUUUUCACUGUCCAUUGCUUUGUGUUUUAAUAAACAAUUUGCAGUGACA